CCGCAUUCUUACAGUUUUCCGUUUUCCGUCUUCCGUUUUCCGUCUUCCGUUUCCCUUGGAUGUUAAGGUUGAGACGACCUACCGGUACCUAUGUAAUUGAUAUUUCUUAUUGCUGUUACAGUACAAAGUAUAAUUUAUCGUUAUCCCCCACACAUCAUCAUACCUACUUCUUUUUUUUCUCUUUCCUUGUCUCCCACUCUUCUCUCAAUCCCCUCACCAAAGUGUCUGUGACAAAGGAAUAAAAAAAUACCUUCCAUAUCAUUACUCAUCGCCGCAGAGUGAUCGAUGAUCGAUCCAACAUCCAACAACAUCCGAACUACCAAGUACAGACAGACAUCCUACAGUUUCAACGCACGGAGAUCCAUUCUGCCGACAUCCAACCCACGCUAAUCCAAUUUCAGUUUAACUAUCGCCCUCUCCAAAACAGCUCCAAGCCAAGAAGAGAGUUUCACUUCAACUUAUUAGUAGGAGUAGUAGUGGGAUUGCACCCUCGACAAAACUACAAAGUAUUUGGUCCUCUUAAAAUUAAUGGAUAUGUGAAAUUCGACUGAGAGAUUGUUAUUAGUCUACGACUUUCCGUGGAUUUUGGUCUUGCUCUCUAUUCUCUCUUCCUUUCCUCAACUCCAUCAUCUCAAUCAUGCCUCUCCUACCGGAUCAGGGAGGGAACAUGGCGAAAUGCCUUUCGAUCCUCUUACUCUUCGUCGCUUUGGUUGCUGGUCAAACUUCCACCGCGUCCUUCUCGCCCUCGAAUGCUACUUUACCAUCUAACAUGACGAACCCGGAUUUUGAAUUGUCUUUGACGUCUGGGACUAGUGAUCUCUUGGUCAGGAAUGUGUACAAUAUUGCUCCGCUCACUGCUCAGGCGGGAAUAGGACAAAGUGAGACUGCUGUAAAUCAAAUCAACAUCAAUGGAACCAUUGUCCAAACAAAUGCGUCAACUGCGAGUAAUCUAUCCAUCACCGAUAUAGCAUAUAUGAGUUGUGAUCCAAACGAAAGCUCCAACAUCGACUCAACACAAGCUAUUAUCAUGGCAGGGAAUGCGCAGCCGAAAGCCAUAUUGUUACACAGCUUAUACUCUCAGGCGUGCACUAUUUCCGGCGAUUAUACCUAUAGCACAAUUUAUACAAUGGUGUCUGCCUCAGAUUCAAUGGCUUUACUUGCCACUUUGAAUAAUUAUUCCAACGGCUCCUUGCUCGCAAGAUUCGUACCCAAUCAAAGUUCGUCAGAUACAGGUUCGGCAUCGCAAACUAGUAACAAUGGAGGGCCGCCACCAACUACAGCUGUUGCCAUGAGCAUUCUAUACAGUAUCACUGGAAUUAUUACCUUGCUAUUCCUGAUAAUCAUAGCCACAGGAGCCAUUCGCGCUCACAGGCAUCCGGAAAGAUAUGGGCCACGGAACGCUCCAGGAAGACCAAGGCAAAGUCGAGCAAAGGGUCUUGCGCGAGCCAUGUUGGAAACUCUACCCAUUGUGAAAUUCGGAGAUCCAGAGCCGGGAAAACCAGGGAGUAGUGAUAUCGAAUUGGAGAAUGGCAGUGUCCAUAAUGCUCCUGUUACUUCUACAACAGACGCCACGGCCAGCGACCCAUCAAAAUUGCCGGUUGCUGCGGCAGCAACCUCCGAGAAGGGCUUGGGUGCAAAUCCCGAGUCAGGAGAUAACCAAGCACCAGCGGCCACCCAGGAGACCGAGCUUCUACAAUGUUCGAUUUGUACAGACGACUUCGCUACUGGUGAAGAUGUUCGAGUGCUUCCAUGUCAUCACAAAUAUCAUCCUGCUUGCAUAGACCCUUGGCUAUUGAAUGUUUCAGGAACUUGUCCAUUAUGUCGUCAUGAUCUCCGACCUACAGCAACCCAUGCCCAAUCUGCAGAUGAUGAACUUCCGCCUCCACUUGAUGCAGGUGAAGGAGAAGCAGCUAGCCAACACCCAGCCGGUACAUCUGAAAACGGAGAGGCCAGCUCUCGUCAUCGCGUUUCUCAUCUUGUACAUCUUCGCAAUGCUCCCCCCGAAGAGAGUAUUGCUACCCUCCGCGAAUUCGCACGUGAGCAAUCCCAACAAGAAGAGGCCGAACCAAAUCAAGAUGGAGUCGAAGAACAAGGCAGAAGAGCUAGCCUUGCAGGUCGACUCCGAACUACUUUCCGAAUAAGAACACGGGCACAAGCACCCACUGUCCCCGAAACAACAACAACAUGAUAUGUUCACUAAUUCAUAGUAUUUUUAUCGAUUCGCAUAACGAACGACCUUUUACAUUUAUAUUUUAUGACCUUAAAUAGUGGCUCCCCAAAUCUGAAGUUUUACUACAGUAUUGUGAAAUCAGAGUACAUCAUACUGAAACUGAUUUGCGUGGACGGAUGAAUGAAUGACGGAUGAAAUGGUACGAUCAAUUGGAAAGGAUGGAUCUGAAUAGAUGGAGUUUGGCGUUAAUGAUUUACCCUUGACUUUCACAAGUACAAUCGAGUAUGGAUUGGGUCUGAUCUAUUUUGGGCGGUGUUUUAUCAAGUACCUGGGAUCUCGGAUGGUUGGAGGAUAUGGAGCGGCGUAGUGGAUGGUAAAAUCGGGAGUCGCAGAAGCUAGGGGGGAAUUUGUCAGUUGCUGCAAUAUUUUGUUACUGUAAUAUAUUUUACAGGACCUGCUUUCCACGCGAGAUGGGCUAGAUAAAUAUCAUACUAUGCCUGUCAUAACCGAU